GUGUUUUACCGGUAGAUGUGUUGUUAUUAAAUGUUGUCGCUGUCUGUCUGUCUUUUCCCAGUUGACUCAUUGUCAUGGAGCGAUGCUUUAGUGUCAGCAGGGAUGGUCCUGCUCCUUGCUCCCCACCUCCACCAACUUCAAAUCCUCCUCCUCACGGCCCCCCGUCUCCUCGUCAUCCCCCUCCUAUUCCUCCCUCCUCUCCCCUGUCGGCCCUGACUCCUCCUCCUCCUCCUCAGAAAGGAAGGCUGAGUUUUGCGGGAGCCAUGGUGGACGUCAGUAAGUGGCCCCUGUUCUCUCUGCUGAGCUCUGAGGAACUAGCCACGGUCCGACAGGCUUGUGUGUUUGGAACCUCCGGUAAUGAAGCCAUCUACAUCACACAUGGAAACGAGGUAUUUGUAUUUGGGAUGAACUGCAGUAGCUGCCUUGGCACUGGAGACAGUCUGAGCAUUAUUGUGCCAAAGAAACUGGACUUCCUGCGGGGGAAGAAGGUAAUCAGCCUGAGCUAUGGCAGCGGACCUCACGUCCUAUUGGCUACGGAGGAUGGACAGCUGUUUGCUUGGGGACACAAUGGCUACAGUCAGUUGGGGAAUGGGACUACCAACCAGGGCCUGUCCCCGGUGCUGGUCACUGCUAACCUGCAGAACAAGAAAGUGAAGGAGGUGGCGUGUGGCUCGCAUCACUCUAUGGCUCUCACUCACGAUGGAGAGGUCUUUGCAUGGGGUUAUAAUAACUGUGGUCAGAUUGGCUCAGGCUCCACAGCCAACCAGCCUUACCCCAGGAAGGUCACCGGCUGCCUGCAGGGCAAGAAUGCGGUGGGGAUCACAUGUGGACAGACCUCCUCCAUGGCUCUGGUGGACAACGGAGAGGUUUAUGGCUGGGGCUACAAUGGUAAUGGGCAGUUGGGUAUCGGUAACAAUGGAAACCAGCUGACACCUUGUCGCCUCACUGCACUCCAAGGGCUGUGUAUUCAACAGAUUGUAUCGGGCUAUAGCCACUGUCUGGCGCUGACGGAUGAAGGGCUGCUGUACGCCUGGGGCGCAAACACCUACGGUCAAUUGGGAACUGGCAACAAGAGCAACCACCUCAGCCCAGUGCAAAUCAUGGCUGACAAAGAGAGGAUUGUUGAGGUCGCUGCCUGCCAUUCAACACAUACUUCAUCAGCCAAGAUGCAAAGCGGGCAGGUGUAUAUGUGGGGUCAGUGUCGGGGUCAGUCCAUCGUCCUGCCACACCUCACUCACUUCACCAACACUGAUGACGUCUUCGCCUGCUUCGCUACGCCCUCUGUCAUGUGGAGGCUCAUGUCAAUGGAGCAUGAUGACUUCCUGACGGUUGCAGAGGCUCUGAGGAAAGAGUUCGACAGUCCAGAAACGGCUGACCUUAAAUUCAGUGUCGACGGCAAAUGUAUUCACGUCCACAAAGCUGUGCUGAAGAUUAGGUGUGAGCAUUUCCGGUCAAUGUUCCGCUCCCAGUGGACAGAGGAUCAGCAGGACGUGAUAGAGAUCGGCCAGUUCUCUUACCCGGUCUACAGAUCCUUCCUGCAGUUUCUCUACACGGACACUGUUGACCUUCCACCUGAGGACGCCAUUGGCCUGUUGGACCUGGCCACCUCUUACUGCGAAAACCGCCUGAAGCGUCUGUGUCAGCAGAUCAUCAAGAGAGGAAUCACUGUGGAAAACGCCUUCACCCUGCUGUCUGCCGCCAUACGAUACGACGCAGAGGACCUGGAAGAGUUUUGUUUCAGGUUUUGUGUCAACCAUCUGACUCAGGUGACUCAGACCGGAGCCUUCUGGCAGGUGGACGGAGCGAUGCUCAAGGAGUUUAUCAGCAGAGCUAGCCGCUGCGGAGCCUUCAAGAAUUGAGUGGUAGUAGAGUAUAAACUAUAUUCUGACCAAGCGGAUGUGGUUGUGAUCCAAGGGUAGUGGCAGCGUGGCACUGCUGUAAAAGAAUCUGUUCUGAUCACAUUCCUAAACGAAAGAGAUGAACCGGUUUUAAAAUGCUGAUUUGCAUAGUUACUGAGGCGCAUGUUGGCACAUAAGUAGCAUCACUCACAAAGAUGCUGGAUGGAAUUUAAGCUGCGUUAUCCAUGGAUCUGAUCUCAGCACUUUGGCCAGUUCCUGUGGAGACACUCAACAAACUCAUGGCGCCUUUUCUGACAAACUGAAUUGUCUUCUUUACUUGCUCCAUGUAUACUUGAAUUUCUUUUCUCGGCCAGUGCUUUCAUGUACUCAACAUUCUUCCUGUGUUUUCCUGAAAAGUUAAUGUGGGAGACCAAAGACCUGGAAGCAAGGGGAAGGGAACUAGUUGAAAGAGCAGAGUCUGUGUCCGUGUUAGCUGACUCAGAAAGAGCUUAGAUAACUGACUUACACUGGCCAGGAGACGAGGACCACUGUCCCGAAACACAUCUUUGAGUUCCGUCUACUUUCCAUUCCUGUCAUUUUCAGUGUGGAGUCUUUGUGUUUGGAUAUGCUGAGCCUUUAUAUUUGGCUGAAUUCUUGAAGCUGUUGCAUUGACAGAAGAAAAGGCGAGUCCCAUUUAGAGGUGUCAGCAUACAAAGCUGAUCCAGAUUCCAGUGUGGGUUGUUAUUGGACACCUGGUUUGUUAUUUUAAUUGUUUAGCUGGGAUUCUGUGUAUGUGUUGUGGGAUGUAUAUUUCCCUUUUUUAUACUGAGGUCUGUUUUCUCUGGGUAAGUAUAUUCUGCCUGACUUCGAUUUUUGUUCUAUGGCACUUUAAGAAUCUACAGUUGCGUUCGUCCUUAUAUUCAGUAGAACAGUAACAGCUGAAAUAGUUUGAAACACUAUGGAAGGCAAGACGAGAAAAAUGAGUUAAAGCAUGUUACAGUACAGAUUUCACAAAAAACUAAAUAUUUGAUGCACAGUUACACUAUUAGCCGUUUUUUUUUUCUCUCUCAUUCCAAGUGUAAAUGUUGUGAAAUGUAUGUGAGGCAGAUGGGAUGUUACAGAAACUUUAUAUUCCCCCGUUACUCUGGGACCUCCAACAAACUGUCCAUCAUCGGUUUGUGUUUGCUAAUGUUUAGGGCCAAAUACAACCUCUGUAAGACCAAAAUCACUCCUUGGUAAUUUAUGCAUUUUCCAUAGGUUGGCUUUUUUCUUGUAGAUACAGUGAGAAUGCACUGGACUGAACCCGCACAAGAAACUGCAAGCUAAGCAAUAUUAUCACUUUGAAAUGCUCUGUAGAAACAAGUGUGAUUUUAUUAUUAUUAUAUAAUUAUAAAUGUUCUAUUAGCUUGGGUUUAACUGCCUGCAGGUCCUAGUUUUUACCCUCUGCUGCAUCACUGGGUGUGUUGAAGUAUCUAUGAGUAAGAGAGUUAGUGACCAGGCCAGCUGGCAGCAAGACGGGUGAGAUAAGUUUCAGAUUCUGUUUCCUCUAUUAGGUUUCUGUUUCUUAGGUUUCACUCAGAUGCUUGAUGGGACAAUUUUAAUUUGGUUUGAACCACGUAAAACUAUGACAGAUUUAUUAAAGUUAUAUUUCAGCUUCAGUGGACAGAAGAGCAGGUUUACAGUUUUUUUAUAUGAAAAAAGGACAAGCUAACUGGAAAAAGAAUAUUGUUUUGCUUACUGUGUUAAGAUCUGAAUAUAUUUUUGUUAUGCUUUCUUAAGCUUUGAUUUACAUAGGACACGUUUACACAACUCAUGGCAACAUGCUUAAAUUCAUCUUAUAACAUUAUGAUGUUAUGGUGUAUUUUACUGUUCUUUUGCUGUUGUACCUAGGACAUGUUAUUUUACUUAGUCUUUUUUAUUUUCAGUUAUGGGGACAAUAUGUUUCUGUGAAGAAAUAAAUGACUCCCAUCUUCUUUGUUCCCA